AAGUUAAGAUACGGAUAUUUCGAAGGGACAGAAAAGGUUGAAGAAGAGAGAAAGAAAGGCUCGACUCCAGGAGAGCCAGCAGUGCAACUUCGCAACAAAAAUUUGCGACAACAAUUUUUUUUUUUACUUCGCCUUCCAAGUCCAAACCUUUCUUUUGGGGUUUGAUUGAAGAAAAACUAUGGCAUCUGCAGACCAGGCUUCUUUAGGGGUCCAGGAAGUUAUGCUGGAAUUUCGUGCUGGUAAAAUGUUACUAGAGGGAAAACGGGUCACUCCAGAUACCCGUAAAGGGCUAGUUAGGAUAUCACGGGGUGAGGAGGGCUUGGUCCAUUUUCAGUGGAUCGAUCGGGUGCAAAAUGCGGUUGAAGAUGACCAAAUUGUUUUUCCAGAGGAAGCAACUUUUGAGAAGGUUGAGCAAGCAUCUGGAAGGGUCUACAUUCUAAAGUUCAAUACAGAUGAUAGGAAGUUCUUUUUCUGGAUGCAAGAGCCAAAAGCUGAGGAUGAUCAACAGUUAUGUCGCUCAGUAAAUCAUCACCUUAAUCGACCAUUAGAUUUUCUUGCUGAGGAGGAUUCUGGAGCAUCUGUCCCCCUUCAAGCUGAGGAGAUGGCUGAAGACGAUAUCUCAUCUAGAGCUGGUAAUUUGAUUGGCUCUAGCAUGGGAGCCGAAGUAGUGAGUGAUGUGACCUCUGCACCUGGACCAGUAAAAUUAUCAGAUUUGCAAAGGAUAUUAAGUAACCUUCAAUCUGCUGGUCCUGUAGAAGAUGUGGAAGAUCCUGAUGGAGGUUUUGGUUUAGGGGAUCUUUUGAAGCCUGAAUUGGUACUCCCAUUGCUCGAGACUUUGCCUUUUGAAGAACGCGUCGCUCCAUAUUUGCCAGAGGGUCAACAGUCACUUCAUGACUUGAUAGAGGUUCUACAGUGCCCUCCUUUCCGGCAACAAGUAGAUGCUUUCUCUUAUGUUCUGAAGACAGGCCAAAUAGAUUUGGCUCAGUUUGGCAUCGACCCAAGUAAAUACAAGUUUACCGUUCUUUCUUUCUUGGAGGCACUUGAAGACUCUGUUUCAAAAAGCUUGGAACCUGAUGCAUUGGGCCGAGGAAUUAACGAUCCAAUGGACGAAGGGCAAUAGUGGACAGCAAUUUAGGAUUGUGUGUUCCUUUACUGAGAUGAUCCUAUGGUGACUGGGCUUAUACAUCCUCGUCUUUACUUCCCUGUUUUUCUUGCCGAGGUAGGGGGGUUGUUGGUUUUUGGUCAGAAAAUUACACUAGCAAAGCAAAUGGUUGCAAGCUAUUUGUACUAGGGUACUCGUUUUAAUUUAGUAGACAACUUAUUUCAUCAACUAGUUGGGUGUCCGGAGAGCAUCGUUGGUCAUUGCAAUUGAUAUUCUUGGAAGUGUAGUGGUAGUUUUGUUGGUUUGUAAAAUUAAAAACAUAUUGUCUUGGGUGGUUGCGAUAGCUGAGCAGGAAAUUACUUCAUGUUUAUGUUCUAGUUAAAGGCCCUUCGUGUGCACUGGUUGUGCUGGUCUGGUGGCUUGAUUGGAAUUGAAAUAAAACCUCAAAAACCCCCCUUUAUGUUAUUUA